AAAAAGGGUUAGGGGGGUAAUCAAAAUUUCGAGUUGUUUUUUUAAUAGAAAAAAUGGGAUCAUUGUACGAUGAUUUGUGGCAUUCAGCUCAGGAAAGGACUGAUUAUUUAUUGGGACUUGAUGGAGACAUUCAGGCGGAUCAGACUCCAAGGUCCAGAAAUGAUGCGGUGAAGAUGAUUCUCCCGAUCUACAUAAAGUAUAAGAAUUUAAUAAAAAAACUAGCGCAACUGUACGAUCGGAUGAUUCAUUCCCAGAAACGGCAGCUCAUAAAACGUUUAUUUAAUUGCUCUGUUGGUCGAAUGCUGGAAUACAGGAGAGAACUCGUUAAAUUAACUUGUUCGGACUACCAUUGGCCUGACGAUCUUCUGAUAGAGCUGAAGUGGACCCCAGAUGAUGUCCAGAUUCCCUCGAUCGCCAGUUAAUUCUCGUAUUGGGACUGGCGUCAGAGCCCUGGAAGGCGAAUAAAAAAUUCAGCAAAAUGUACGAUAAUUUCAUCGCCAUUCCCGUCUCGGAUUACAAUUCCGUUUAUCUGUUCUAUCAGGAUGUUCUCAUGAGAUAUCACAAUGUGAAUAGGCAUUUUGAUGUUUCUGCGGUGGCUAGGGCAUCGGUGGGAUAUUCUUUGGAUGUGAUUCGUGAGGCUGUGGAGAAUGUGAUGAAUCUCAGGAGAAGGAUGAGACUCAGAUUUGAGCCGUUGAGGCCCGAGGAGAUUCUCAAAGAGUUGGAGAGAUAUCCGAGGAUUUCGGAGAAAAUUCUUACUGAUUAUGCGAAAUUUCAGAUGAAAACUCCACUUGGAAGGAAAUUAGCGAAAAUGAGGAAGGAACAGGAGAAUAAUGAAGGAAAUUGAUUCGAAUUUGAUGAACAGAUCAAAUCUUAAUUAUCAUCUUUAUUGGAUUCAAUAAUAAUUUGAUUGGAUAAUUAAUCAGCAUUGAUAAUCAUUACUGGAAAGAAGGACUGCAAUUAUUUUUUAAAGAGACG